CCAUUCUUUCCCCUCAUUCAUUUUCUAACAGCCGUUGCUACAGUCAUCGAAACCUACGGUUGCUGUCCCAACAAUGUCAUUAGGACCAACUGAAUUGAGGCUACACUCUCCUUCUGAAAUUAUCGGGACACCUUUCGAUAUCGAAUCUCCUCGAUUCGAAUACCCUUUCCCCGAGCCCUCAUCAAGCCCAGCGGAGCCGCUGAAUUGUCUCGCAUCUGCUGCGUCUUCGAUAUCCAGUUUGCAAUCACCGCUCAAUCACAUAACAGCUAUCCACCUUCCUCAACCUGACAUUCCGUCCUUUGUUCCCGUCCGCACAAAAGUGCGUACAGAAACGAUCCCGAUACCCCCUGGCUUGGUUGAAAAACGCCAUCGAUGGAGUCUCAUCGAGCGCAGAGUGAGCGAAGAUAGCACUAAUUUAAAUAAGGGCGAUGUGCAGUUCGGACGCGGUAGCGCGGAAAGUGAGCGGCAGGGGCGGCGCAGCUCUUCAGCAGGUCGCGAAAACAAUACCAAUGUGUCUCGAUAAGUUGGCUUCAUGAUUAGCUAUUUUCCUCCGGUACUAAUUUAUUACGUGUGUCGCCGCUAUGAUCAUGCUACUACAGAAAACCCUCAUUAACGGCUCAGCUGUCAUCACGAAGGCGUGAUGACUCGCAGGACGGGUCUUUGACGCCGCUUUUCACGACUUCGACGAUUCUUAUGACAGUUUUCAUCAUUGCUUUCUUUGCUUUCGCUAAACAUCUGUUUGGAAAGGCUAAUCGUACAUGCAAAACCUUUCUCCCUUAUCGUACAUGUUUUAUAAAUACCACGUAUGCUGUAUACAUGUAUAGUACCAUCACCGUUAAGGUUCUAGUAUUUAGGUGUAGACCAGUUGCCUUUGAUCAAUUAUACAUAAAUAUGCAUGCAC